AUGCGUAUUGCUCAUGUGGGUCGGGAUGAAUUGGGUGUGUCAGAAGGUGUCCAUGGUGGAGCGGGUCAUCUUUUGAUUAAGAGUCUCUGGGGCGAGGGCGAUUUUCAGACGCCAUGGUUCUUUGUCCAUUUUGCGAUUCUGCCGCCCGGCGGGGGGAUUGGUUAUCACCGCCAUGAUGAGUGCGAGGAGAUGUUCACGAUUCUGGACAACGCCGCGCAGUUUACCCACAACGGUCGAACAGCGGAGGUGGUUGGGGGUGCGACGGUGCCUUGCCGAAAGGGGGAAUCGCACGCAAUCUACAAUCAUACGGACAAAGAGACACGGUUUAUGAAUUUCUGUGUCGCAAAUACGGGGGGCGGAUAUGAUUGCACAGACUUUGGGGAAGACCGUGUCGGUGCGCCGUUGGAGGCGGUUGAUAGACUUCCCGUUGGGCGGCUUGACCGCAAUUUGUUGACGUUUAUCCCAAAUGUCCACGAAGGCAAAGGGAAGGUAGGCGUGAGGCAGGUUUGGGGGCAUCAGGAUUUCCGAACAAAUUGGGGAUUCGUUGCUCACUGCGUGGUUCCACCCGGCGCAUCGGUCGGCUAUCACCGCCACGAUGUGAUAGAGGAGACCUAUAUCAUCAUGGCGGGCAGCGGUCGAAUGACGGUGGAUAACGAAACGGAGGAGGUACAUGUGGGCGAUGCCAUCCCGAACCGGCUGGGUGGGUCGCACGGUAUUUAUAACCACACGCAGGAGGACUUGGAGAUACUUGUGAUGGCUGUCUGCAUGGAGUCGAGGGCAGUUCGACACCUAUGA